UUCUACGCUGCCACCCACAAGAAACUCUCGAAGAAAUGUACAAGUUCCUUCCUCUUUUCGUCCUGGCCGCGUUGGCUGUCUGCAGCCAUGGUUUGCCCGUGGACAGCGAAUCCACGCCGGUGCCCAUCCUGAAGUCGGAGACCAACAAGCACAACGAUGGUUCCUAUGACACCAUCUACGAGAGUGGUGAUGGAACCAAGCGGCAGGAGGAUGCUGCUAUAGUGGAUGCUGGCACUGACGAGGAGGCCCUGGAGGUCAAAGGAUCCUACAAGUACGUCAAUGAUCUGGGCGAGACUGUGGAGGUUUUCUACACGGCGGGAAAGAAUGGAUUUGUGCCAUAUGGCUCUAUUAUUAAUCCUGAGAUCACAGCCGUGGCCGAGGCAGCCAAGGAUCUGCCCAAGGCGGAGAAGGUUGAGAAGUUCGCAAAGGUUGGGAAGUUCCAGAAGGUUGAGCAGGUGGAGGAGCCUUGAAGAGAUCUCAUAGAAUUAGACUUUGUAUAUAAGAUUGUUCG